GCAGUUAAAAUUGUGUGUUUCCGCGAGACUAUUAUCUAUAACUAUGUGUUUUAUUGCCGGAUGACUCAUUAACGGCCAGUAAAAAUUUCAAUCAAGUGCUGUGUGUGAAUUUACCUUCUGAUGCGAUGGAAUUUUCAUUUAUCAACAAGGCGAACUUUGACAAAGAUUGUAUAUACAAUGCGAAUUCCGAGUUCUAUAACAAUAGUGCCAAUGGGGGACUGUCCGUGGCUAAUCACAUGAAUCACUAUAAUCUAAUGAUUGACUCCAGCUAUAAGCUAUGUGCGAACGAGACUGCAAUCAGGAGUUCUUUAAACCAGGAAUCGAGCUUACUAUUUUCCAAAAUUACCACAGUUUCGGAAUUUUAUCCUGGAACUCAUAACAUUGCAUCUUAUAAUUCGGAUUUCCAUUUAAAGUCUUAUGGAGACGAUGGUUUGAGUUUGACCGAUAAAUCAAAACAGAGACGCAUUCGAACUACUUUUACAUCAAACCAACUAAAUGAGCUGGAAAAAAUCUUUUUAGAGACCCAUUAUCCAGAUAUCUAUACUAGAGAAGAGAUUGCAUCAAAACUACAUUUGACCGAAGCCCGAGUUCAGGUUUGGUUCCAAAACAGAAGAGCAAAAUUUCGUAAGCAGGAAAGACAUGCCAUAUACAUAAUGAAAGACAAGUCUAUUAAAAUGGAUAGCCGAAAGAAUGCUGCAGCCGGCUCCAAAUAUCUAGGUCCAUCUCUCAAGGGACCGGGAACCCAGAAUGCCCGUCAAAUGAAAUGCUUAUACGAUCAAAUAUAGAAUCCACUAAUAUCUAUGUAAAUAUUAGUAUACAAUUUGAUGAAUACACUUAUUUUGAUA